AUGUCAGCUCCUGCACUCGCACGCUACUCCUCCGAUGAGGAAAAGUUCCCUGAUAUCGAGAAGGAGGUGGCCCUCGACCACAUUGCCCAAACUCUCGAACCGGAGUUUGACGAUCCAAACUUCGACAGAGAUGCCGUCGUGCUCGAGGAUGACUCGCCCUACCCAGAGGUCCGCUCGGCUGUUGCCAACACUGAUGACCCCAGUAUGCCUUCAUCAACACUGCGUUCCUGGACAAUAGGCAUUAUCUUCGCUAUUAUCAUGGCCGGGCUCAACCAGUUCUUCUUCUUCCGAUAUCCCUCAGUAACAAUCGGAAAUUUGGUUGCGCAGCUGUUGUCGUUCCCCUUCGGCCGUCUUUGGGCGAAGUUCAUGCCAAAUGUCUCCAUCUUUGGUCUGGCAGUCAAUCCUGGCCCGUACACUGUUAAGGAACAUGUACUCACAACGAUCAUGGCCACUGUCGGAGCUGCUUCCGCAUACGCGACGGACAUCAUAGCCGUCCAAAGAGUGUACUACAACCAGACAUAUAACUUUAGCUACCAAUGGCUCGUUGUGAUGUCGACACAGAUGAUCGGAUUCAGCAUUGGUGGAAUUGCCCGCCGAUUCCUUGUACAGCCCCCGUCGAUGAUUUGGCCUGCUGACCUUGUCAACUGCGCGCUAUUCAAUACGCUCCAUCAGCAGCAAUAUGCUGGUGUCGGACAUCGUGGCGGUAUCUCCCGUGAACGGUUCUUCACGUAUGCGCUCAUUGCCGGAACUUGCUGGUACUUCUUCCCUGGUUACAUUUUCCAGGCUCUAAGCACGUUCUCUUGGCUCUGCUGGAUUUUGCCUGAAAAUGCCGUGGUCAACCAGUUGUUCGGUGUUAACUCGGGUCUCGGAAUGUCUCUCUUGACAUUCGAUUGGGCACAGAUUGCGUAUAUCGGGAGUCCGCUUGCUACUCCAUGGUGGGCAGAAGCAAAUGUUGCUGCAGGCUUCGUUUUCUUCUUCUGGAUUGUUACUCCAGCACUGUACUAUAGCAACACCUGGUUUGCACAGUACAUGCCGAUUUCAUCCCGUACUUCGUUUGAUAAUACGGGCCAAGAAUACAACAUUUCGGCUAUUCUGAAUGACGACUCGACGUUCAACGCGGAGAAGUACGCAGCGUAUUCGCCUCUGUUCCUUUCUACGACAUUUACACUUACGUAUGGUCUGAGUUUCGCAUCUAUCACUGCGACUCUGACACACGCGUUCUUGUAUUUCCGCAAGCAAAUCUGGACCCAGGCCCGUCGUUCAAUGCAUGAGCAACCAGAUAUUCACGCCCGGCUCAUGUCUGUGUACCCGCAAGUACCAGACUGGUGGUAUGCAGUACUUUUUCUUAUCAUGUUUGUCUUCGGUAUCGUAUCCAUCGAGGCCUGGCCGACUCAGUUCCCCGUCUGGGCCUUCGUACUUGCACUCCUCGUCUCGUUCUUCUACAUCAUUCCUAUUGGUAUGAUCCAGGCAAUUACGAACCAGCAGGUCGGCCUGAAUGUCAUUACGGAGCUGAUUAUCGGCUAUGCGCUUCCCGGCCAUCCAAUUGCAAUGAUGCUGUUCAAGACAUGGGGAUACAUUACCAUGUAUCAGGCCCUGGUAUUUACUUCAGACUUCAAGCUUGGCCAUUACAUGAAGAUCCCGCCUCGUCCGAUGUUCUGGGGACAAGUUGUUGCGACUAUUAUUGCUGGUACUGUGCAGCUGGGUGUGCAGUCCUGGAUGUUCAGCAACAUCACUGACAUGUGCUCGUCCCACCAGACUGAUGGUUUCAUCUGCCCGUCGACGGAGGUAUUCGGAACAGCAUCAUUCAUCUGGGGUGUUAUUGGACCCAAGCUACAGUUCUCGAAGGGCCAACUUUAUUACCCGCUUCUGUAUUUCUUCCUUAUCGGCGCUAUUUGUCCCUGUGUGGCGUACGCCAUCUCGUUGAAGUGGCCGAAUUCGUUCAUCAAAUAUGUGAACUUCCCAGUCAUCUUUACGGGUACCGGUUUGAGUACGUUUCCACCUGCUCAGGCCAUAGUCGAGACAAAGCACUUACAAUACGUUGGAUUUUUAGUUCCUCCUGCAACAGCAAUCAACUACGUCCCGUGGGCAAUUGUUGGGUUCAUCUUCCAAUACGUUAUCCGUCGAAGACACUUUAGCUGGUGGACGAAGUACAACUAUGUACUUUCCGCGGCAAUGGACUCGGGUGUUGCAAUUGGGCUGAUCCUAGUCUUCUUCUGCUUACAAUUUCCAAGGAAUGGGACGAUUGGGGUGCAUACAAUCCAGACAUGGUGGGGGAAUACUGUGUUCAAGAACACAGGAGAUUGGAACGAUAUCACGUUGAAGACGGUACCAGAUGGGCAGACGUUUGGGCCAAAGACAUGGGGCGUAUAG